CUGAGGCCUGGGAGGGACAGAGUGCCUUCCUCCUGCCUCACUCCAGAGGUGAGAUUAGCGGGCUGGGCUUCUGUUUCCCCAGAACAGCUGGGAUCCAGAGACAGACACAGACAGCCUGGUGGCUAGGUUCCCCUCUGGCAGGCUCUGGCCCAUGGAGAAGCCCCUCACGGUCUUGCGAGUGAGCCUGUACCACCCCACGCUUGGCCCAGCUGCCUUCGCCAGCAUCCCACCAUGGCUACAGCACGACACUAGCCCACUGCUGGUUGGGCGGGGGCAAGGUGCCCACCUCCAGCUGCAGCUCCCCAACCUCUCCCGCCGACACCUGUCCCUGGAGCCCUACCUGGAGGCAGGCAGCACCCUCCUGGCCUUCUGCCUCAAGUCCCUGAGCCGAAGGGGCUGCGUGUGGGUCAAUGGGCUGAAGCUGACUUAUCUGGAGCAGGUCCCCCUGAGUGCCGUCAACAAGAUCUCCUUCUCCAACAUCCAGAUGGUGGUUCACUUGGAGAAAGGCACCUCCCUCGAGGCUUUUGUCUGCCACUUCCAUCUCAGCCCCUCACCCCUAAUUUACAGACCCGAAGCGGAGGAGACCGAUGAAUGGGAAAGCAUCCCCCAGGAGCUGCCUCCCCUGGGUUCAGGGGAGCAGACUCCAGGUCACAUGAGCUUUCUCCACGGCCCUCCCCAGACUUGGGACAGCCUUCUCCAGCCAAGCCCUGGAGGUGGAACAGAAAUAUAGCUCCAGAGGGAGCCCCCAGGCAGUGCACUCUGCCGGCCCCAUCGUGAAAGCAAGCCUUUGCUGAAACUGGAUUUAAAUCUUUGAGUUGCAUCAUGCAUGGUGGACAUGCGAGGCUUGCCGGCUGCCUCACUCAUAAUGAACCAAUUCUGCAAACUCUGAAUGGCCCAGGGUGGAGAAGCACCCUCCAUGGCCAUAGCUCUGCAAGGUAAUGAGAACUUCAUAUACUUUUAGAGGCCCUCGGAGGUUCUGGGGAGCCUCUCUCCACAUUCCCCACAUCUCCCCCUCUUGUCUGACUAGGAGUUACUUUAUGUUGCUCAUUUUGUGCACCACUUAAGAGCCGGAGUUUGAGGUUGCACCAGGAAUGCAUGGACACAUGUAACAAUUUCGUUUGUGGUAGCUCAGGGUUACCCUCAGCUUUCAAAUACCCACAGGCACUCAGGGCUUAGGGAAGCCUGUGUUUAAUAAACUGCAAGUAUUUCAUUAA